AUGGCUUACAAGACUCCAAUAGGCAUGUCUCCUUAUAGACUUAUUUAUAGGAAGCCUUGUCAUCUUCUAGUUGAGUUAGAAGAUAAGGCUUUGUGGGUAGUUAAAAAGCUUAACCUUGAUCUUGAUAAGGCCGGUGAGAACCGUUUGCACCAAUUGAAUGAGUUAGAGGAGUUGAGAUAUAAUGCCUAUAACAAUGCUAAGCUCUAUAAAGAAAGGACCAAAGUUUUUCAUGAUAAACACAUUAUGAAGAAGUCCUUUGAGCCCGGGCAAAAUGCAUGGCUCUUUAACUCUAGGCUUAAAUUCUUUCCCGAAAAUUUUUGCAUUAAAUGGGAAGGCCCUUAUGAGAUUAUCUCUGUUUAUCCUCAUGGGGCAGUUGAAAUCAAGAGCUUAAAUGAUGAAAAGACCUUUAAAGUGAAUGGUCAAAGAUUGAAGCCUUAUAUUAAAGGACAAGCCUUUCAAAGAUAUGUAGAUUCCGCCUUCUUGGUGGAUCCCGUCUAUCUUAAUGAUUGA